CAGAAUCCACCUUAAAUCUCUGCACCCACUGCACAAGCCAAACAAUGGGAAUUAAGGGGGGAUAACAUCAUCCUCAUCAUCCUCAUCAUCAUCCUCAUCAUCAACAACAACAAGGGGAGAAGCUGCUGCAAGACUACUGCACCCUCCAUCCACCCUGCAGGCCUGGCUGUCAGUGCAGCAGGAAGGGGGAUUGCACUAAGUAUAGGGUAGGUGGCCUCUCAGGGGUGGGAGGGGGUAGGUUGCCUUCAAUCACAAAGUUUGAUGAUGACCAUGACUACGAUGGCUGAAGGCUUGGAAGCUCAGGACUCGUCCAAGUCUGCCUUUAUGGAGUUCGGUCAGCAGCAGAGCUCCCACUCCCAGCAGAGCUCCCCGGGCAUGGCUGCCAGUCACUACCCCCUGCACUGCCUGCACUCCGGCUCCCACCCGCAUCAUCACCACCAUCACCACCAGCACGACAGCUCGUCCUACCCGGGCACCAACUCCCAGUACAACCGCUCCCUGGCGGCGGCGGCGGCGGCUUACCCGUACAUGAGCCAGCACAGCCCCUACCUGCAGUCCUACAACAGCAGCAGCUCCAGCAGCACGACGGCCACCCAGACCCGCACCGACGACCCAGUCGAUCAACAGAAAACGACAGUCAUCGAAAAUGGGGAAAUCAGGUUUAAUGGCAAAGGCAAAAAGAUAAGAAAACCGCGGACAAUAUACUCCAGUCUUCAGCUCCAGGCUCUAAAUCACCGAUUCCAGCAAACACAAUACCUGGCACUUCCAGAGAGGGCAGAACUGGCGGCGUCCUUGGGCCUAACCCAAACACAGGUGAAGAUCUGGUUCCAGAACAAGCGCUCCAAGUACAAGAAGCUCCUGAAACAAGGAGGGAACCCCCACGACAGCGACCCCUUACCGGUGUCCGCCGCCCUGUCCCCCCGGUCUCCGGCUAUCCCCCCUGUCUGGGACGUUUCAGGAUCCGCAAAGGGUGUGAACAUGGCCACAAACAGCUACAUGCCCGGGUACUCUCACUGGUAUUCCUCCCCACACCAAGACACAAUGCAGAGGUCGCAGAUGAUGUGACAUUUCCGACACUGCGACUUUUGGGUAGACUUUUGAGGAUAUCGUUCCCAAAUUUUCUUUCUUUUUUAUUUUUUUGCCAAAUGAUGUCAGGAUCUGGGAGACCUUUUUGGGGAGAAAGUCCACUUCUUUUAAGAAACCUCAACGACAUAACUUGAAGAUCUUCAUCAUGGAGUUCAUACAACCUCCGAUUGUUUUGCGCCAAUCCUUCCCCCACCAGGGAACUUAAAGGGAUGUUACAUUCCUUGGAACGAAAGGACAGGGCCGCAUUGCACAAGCUGCCAGUCAACUCCAGCAACCUCCUCGGCGUUGGGACGAGUGUGAGAGAAAGCAGAGAGACAUUUUCACGCUGCGACCUUUGCGAAGAUGCGCCUUUUGUGGCGGGCAGUCGGCAAACCACUGUUUUUUUUUUAACUACAUAGACUGUGAAUGGCGCAGGCUCUAGGCCUAGUGGCAGGACUCAU